AUGGCGCUCAACAGAAAAUAUGCAAAUCUGCCGGAUUUGGACCUUUCAGCUCCCGACAUUUACGAGACGCCCGAAUUGACAGACGACAACUCGACGAUACCUACCGCUGCAGCGCGUACACAAUCGGACGAUGAGUUUUACGACGUCGAUGACGACACAGAGGCCAUUUCGCGCUCCAGACUACGCAUUGGCGAGGCUCGCUCGCGGUUCGAACCUGCGGCUGUUGACACGGCUGGUGUAGACUUUUCUGAUCGGGUCGAUGGCAAACGCAAGUCAUACAAGGCCUCGAGCCGGCGUCAGCGCAUCCUGCAGGACGGCACCACCGAACUCGGCGACCUGUCCGACGAUGACGAUGAGGAAAGCCUGGAGCGACGCAUUGCGCGUCUGACACGCGAGGUGCAAGAGGCAAAAGACGAGUAUGCCACGCUCAAGGGAUCACCGGAUGCGCAAGAGGAUACGCGUCUGCAAUCUCUCAGCGACUUGCUCGCCAGCAUGUCGUCGCCCAGCGCCGUGCCCGGCGAGACAGCGACAGUCAACACAACGAUGGCCGACGAGGGCGCGGCAGAAAGGGAAAUUGGAGGCCCUACGUAUACUAUAACAUACGCGCCGACAUACGAACAGACUCACGCUCUCGCAAAAGCCGCCGACUUUGACCGCCGGCUGCUAGCCCUCGAAAAGGGCCUGGGUAUCAGCUUAUCCGUGUCUGCGGAAGCCGGCGAGGGCGGGUUGCCGCGCGCCAUCCUCCCUACGCUCGACAACAUGGACAAGCAGAUUGCCACGCUCGCGCAAGCCUCCACGGCAAACCUGGAUGCCAUCAGCCGCCGCGUGCGCACGCUGGCCUCGGACCAGGACAAGCUCAACGACGCCCGCGAAAAGGCCAAGGCGCUGCGCGAGGAGCUCGGCAAGGCCAGCGGACCGUCCUCGCAGGCACAGGCGGAUGAAUUCGCCGAGCAGGAGACCAAGAUUAACGCGUUGUACGCCGUGCUGCCGACGAUUGAGAGCCUGGCGCCGAUGCUGCCCCCGCUCCUGGACCGCCUGCGCUCGCUGCGCGCCAUUCACGCCGACGCAGCCGCGGCCAGCCAGACGCUGGACCAGAUUGAGCAGAGGCAGGCCGAUAUGACAGCGGAGUUGAAGCAGUGGCGCGAGGGUCUACAGAAGCUCGAGGAGACUAUGAAGGAGAGUGACUCUACUGUCAAGGCCAACAUGACGGUCAUGGAGGGCUGGGUGAAGGAUCUAGAGGGGCGCAUGGCCAAACUGGCCUGA